GUUCGCGUUAAGUCACACUGCGUGAACUAAGAGGAAGAAGAAGCACUCAUACCGUCGCUCAGUUCUUUUAUCACCAUGAAGUGUACUAUCUUUACCCUCAUUUUGGUCAGCACGAUAUCCUGCCUAUAUUCUGUUCAUGGACAUGUGCUUCUAAAUCACGUUGUCGUGGAGUAUGAAAUCUACACUGAUGCAGUUACUUGGGAUGAAGCAAUACAAAGAUGUGAAAGUGAGAAUGGACAAUUGGCCAGGAUUCCCGAUAAACGCACAGACGAUCUUCUCAGAGAUUAUAUAUACUACUCUGGUGCUAACAAUUCGGUUGAAACUGGGUUUUGGAUUGGUCUGAACGACAGAGCUACCGAAAAUACAUUUGUGUGGCUCAAUGGUGGACCCGUUUGUUACACAAACUGGGCUAAAGACGAACCAAACAAUAACACCAAGCGUAACGCAGCUGAGGGCCAAGAUUGUGCACAACUGAGAAAAAGCAGGGACUUCAAAUGGGAUGAUGAGUAUUGUAAUGACAUCAGAACAAAAGGUUAUAUUUGUGAAAAACAAGUUUGCAACUUCUGUGAUACUUGUUAGAACGUCAACACCAAUUACACAACCAACGUAUUGUGACAACCCGAUGACCAUAGGUCUACAUUAAUUAGAAUAUAUCAUUCUGUAUCUGCAUGCUGUACUAAUAAAACAGAUCAUCCUAUAGACAUAAA